AUUCUCGAGACUGACCUUGCGCUUGUAAGCGCGUGAGCAAUUACUUCAUGUUAUGAUUACAUCUACAUUGGGCAUAAGAACUAUACAAAGAUGACAUCCAGUUGCGCCCCAUCAGACAACUCAUUGUCAAAUUCAAACGCGACCAGUGGGACGCAAGCGUUUAUUCUACAUGUGCUGUGCCCAUCGCUUCCUCCUCCCAAUCGCUUUACAUUCAAUGAUCUGGCACCUUCCAUUCGUAUCGCUGGCCUCAAGGCGCGAAUAUCCCAAUCGAUUCCCAAUAGGCCACCACCGGAGACUCAAAGAUUAAUAUAUCGUGGAAAGCCCAUCUCAAAUGAUGACUGGACUUUACAAAAGGUGUUAGAACCUGUAAACGGCGCCGAAUACUCCAUGCAUCUUGUUCUUCCGCCAGGUCCUCUACCAGCUCAUGUGGCGACUUCCCCCAGACCCUCGCCAUCGCCACAGUUCCAAGGACCCGCCGACAUGCCUUCACCAGACCAGCUUUUUGCACCCAGCCGAUCUGCCCCGCCAUACCCAAUGCAACAUGGGCAAGAAGUUAGGUACCGAGGAUCAAUGGGUCCUAGUGAAGCAGAUAUUGGGCUAGCCCUGCGACGUAAUAUCGAAACCAUCCGCCGCAAAAUCGAACUGCGGGAGCAAGGGGGCUCGACCCUACCAGAUCAGCAGGGAACUGAACAAACGCAACAAUUUCCCUGGCAGAGUAUGACGCCAUUCCAAUCUUCAACGACCACAUCAACGUCAACGUCAACAAUGUCGUCCCAUCCAUCAGACCUCAGUGCUAGUUUAGCUCAAGAUACUAGACUACGUCUGCACAUACUACGGCCGCAAAUUGCGUUAUGCGAAGACCAACUCAAUCGAGGCAUCGCGCCUCCUAUGGACCAGGUGAUUCGCAUUCGGUCACAAUUGUUUGAUAUCCUUGAUGAUCAGUAUAGAAACCCCUUGUCUGAACGCGACGGCUCUAUAGAAGCCUUGCUCACUCGGGUUUUCAACAUCUACACUCGCGCAGAUCAGCUCCGCGUAAGUCAGUCUAGGGCCACUGCACCUAUGCAGCACAAUAUGUCCGAUAGUCCUGCGAACAAUGAUCAUGAACAGGCCCCCCUAUAUCUUCUUUCGUCGCCAAAUGGAUACCAGGCUCUAGUUACCGCUCCCGGCGCAGUGAGGACAAUCGAAUCGUCACUGAGCGCAUUUCGUGCGGCGCAAACGUCACAGGCAAUAUCUGCCCAGGCCACUGGCCACCCGCCCCAGGCGCAUCCCGAUCCGAACGCUGCUGUCAUGGAGAAUGCCGUUCGGCAAGCCGUCCUUAAUCAAAGAUUGGCGAAUAACGAGCCUGUAGGGUUCGCCCGGAGCAUACGACGGAUUUGGCUGUUUGUUCGGCUGUACUUCUUUUGCUAUAUGUUUAGCGAGCCCGGCACUUGGUCGCGAGUCCUCUUGGUGACCUUGGCUGUCAUGGUAUCUCUCCUGUCAGAAACCAGUGUCCCGCGCCAAUUAUACGGGAUGAUUAUUUCACCAAUCCAACGACACCUUGAGGGACUGAUACACUUCUCUACUGAUGAACACGUGCCACCGCGGCCCCAGGGCACAGAUGCCACGGGUAACCGACCUGUCGCCCCAACGGGAAUGCGCCAUAUUCUUCGAAGAGUAGAGCGAUCUUUGGCACUAUUUGUCGCCAGCCUGGUGCCGGGAGUUGGGGAGAGACAUGUCGAGGUACGCAAUGCAGCGGAGGCCGCUCGAAAUGCAGAGCGCGCACGAGAAGAAGAGGAGGAGCGGCGUAGACAGGAGGAAACUAGCAACGGCGAAGGGGUGACUGAGCAGGAGCAGCAAGAUCACGAAGAAAGUCCAACUUCCCGCCCAGCGUCGUCUGUAGCUAAUCCCGCCACUGAAGACGGACUUCGUACCUCAAUACCGCGAGAAGAUGAACACGAUGCAAGGUAAUCACUCCCGUCGUUUCAUGCAUCUAUUCUCAUUAUCUGUUGCGUUAGUGUUGUACAUAGCUGGCGUUAAAGUAGCGUUGAAAUUAGC